AAAGCGUUUUUCAUUUCAUCGAAACAGCGUGAAUGCAACAGCAUUGAAACGAUGGAUCAUCUCAAAGAACUAAUUGCGCCAAAAACCUUCAACAAAAUUAGCUAUGCCGCAGUUUUAAUUUGGUUCAUGAUCAGCGCAGUCUUCUUUGGCAUUUUUGCUGAAGUGGAGAACAGUGAAGAAAGAUUUGAUUUCCGCUGUGGUGGAGCGAGGAGCGAAUACACCGACCUCGUCCGUGGAAAAUGUUUCGAGAAGUACGAGAAACAGUACAACAAUCACGGCGUUCCUAUAUAUGGCUUCGUGAUCAUCAAUUUCGGCCUUAUUGGAAUCGUAUGUGCUAUGUACUCCCAAUCAGUGAGACAUACAGUCGAUCAUUUGUCCUCCAGUAACCGUAACGGAGACCCCGAGACCGGAAUGUCGCACGACCAAGGGAACUCAAGAGGGCCAGAAAGAAACCGCGGACGACACAAACUUUUCAUCGCUUAUUGUUUUCAACUAUCCACAAGACUUGUUUUAGGAAUUCUCUUCAUAGUCCUACAAACUCAGUGGCUUUAUCCUUUACAAUUUUCCUCAAAGUUUGACUGUUAUUUUAACUAUGAAACCAAUCAGCCAAGGAAUUCAUCUAACGCCACCCCAAACAAUACUCACGAAUGUUACAAUCGACGCGCGGAAAAGAAAACCUUCUGGAUGUAUGCUGUUCUUAUAGUGAAUGGAACUUUUGUCGCUGGCAUUCUGAUUGAAACAGUCUACAUUUUGUUACGAGCAUGGAAAGAAAGGAGAUUCAUGCAAGACUCAGAGUUUCUAAACACCCAUAUAAAACCCACCGACGACAAGUCGCUUCAGGAACUUCAAAGGCAAGAAGAAAGAAGAGAACAUGAAUUUAUUCCACAUCCGCUAAGAGAGCGUGAACACCGUCUUACCCAAGUCAGGUUGUACCAAGAGCCCCUACAAGAUCCUGUUGUCCUACUUCAACUUCCAGUCCAAAUGGAGUCGUAUCGAGAACUACAACAGCCAGACGGAGGAAGCGGAAAUGAGCACUCUGAACAGCUUCAAAUAUUCAUCACCAAAACAAAGAAAAAAAUUAAGAAAGACACCGAUUCUCUAGCCGAACUCCGAUCACAGUUUUCAGGCCCUCCCGGGGAACAAACAGCAACAAACCCACCUCCGCUAAAAGAGCCUGAACACUGUCCUAACCAAGUCAAGUUGUGCGAAGAGCCUCCACGAGAUCCUGUUGUCGAGUCGAGUCAAGAACCACAGCAGCCAGAUGGAAGGAACAGAAAUGAGAACUCUGAACAGCUUCAAAUAUUCAUUGCAGAAACAAAGAAAAAGAUUAAAAAUGACACCCAUUAUCUCGCCGCACUCCGAUCACCGUUUUCAGGUCCCCCAGGGGAACAAACAGCUGCCAAACAUUUGACUCUGGAUCAGAUUUACACAAACCUGAUGGUCAUUCCCGACAGGGCUAAGUACCCCUUUACUACAGACAGACAAGAACAACUCAAAGUUUAUCCAAAGUCGCGCAACGAAGAAUCACAACCGAAAAGCCUGAAUGACCUCUUAAAUGAUGAAAACAAGAAAGUCCUUGUUGUUGGUCGUCCUGGAAUCGGCAAAACAUUAUGUUGUACCAAAAUUCUUAGAGACUGGGCAUCUAAUAGAGUUUUUAACGCAACAUCCAAAAUCCAUUUUGAUGCUGCUUUCUUGGUGAAAUUCAGGAGAUUUGAUUCGGAAAACCACCUUAGCCUCAGAGAACUACUGAUAAUGUCAGAACAUUCUCCCUCAAAUCACCUGGACGAUGAAGUCUGGAAGCACAUCCUGCAGCACCCUGAGAAUGUCCUUAUACUUUUUGAUGGAUUUGACGAAUUUAAACACGGCGCGAACAUGGCCGUCCUGGCGCCUCCCCUUCCCAGCAUCGAAGAAAAGAUGUCGCUCGAAAUCCUUUAUCAGUUGCUCGUGACCGAGGAACUCCUCAAAGAUGCGUCGGUUGUGACGACUACGAGACCUACGGCUUUGGAAGGCAUCGAAGAUCUUAAGUUCGACAAAACCUUAGAAAUCCUAGGGUUUUCAACCGAGCAAAUUAAAGAAUAUGUUUACAAAUUCGCUGUAAAUGACGAACAAGCAGGCGAAAAACUAUGGCGACACAUCAGCAGCAACAUGAACUUACUUUCCCUCUGUUAUAUCCCUGUGAACAGCUUCAUUAUUUGCUCAAGUCUGUCACAGAUAUCGCAGUUCGAAAGUUCCGCUAGCGAUACCCUCCCUUCCAAAUUAACAAAGAUUUACAAGAUUGCAUUGAGAGUGUUUUAUUUCAAACACACGAAAGAAUUUCGCGAUAAACGCUUCACUCGCCAGCGCCUUCUUUCUGAUAAACUGCCAACUGAAGUGGAAAACAAAUUCGAGACACUAGGAAGAGUGGCCUAUGAAGGAAUUAAAGAAGGGAAGUUGGUCCUUGAAGGAAACGAGGUAACUGGAAUGGAGGACAGCGCUCUCUUCCAUCGCUUACCCGACCGUCAAACUGAUGCGUUUGAAUACAAACCACAAUUCUGCUUCAUUCACUUAACAAUGCAGGAGUUUUUCGCUGCGAGGCACCUAGUUAAUACAAUGACAGAAAGUGAACUGACGGAAUUUGUUUCCCAAAACAUCAAGGAUGGAAAAUGGCAACUGGUUUUCCAGUUCCUAGCAGGACUAAUGAACGAUAAAGAAAACCUACCGAGCGAAAUUAUCACAGACCUUCUUCCUGAGGAAACUGAAAAGACAACAGUCCACGAACUGUUGUCAGUGAGUGAAACGCCAAGGGAAGUAACCAUGUGGCCGACUGAAGGUAAACGAAAUUUAGCACUGACAUUGUUCAAAUGUUUUAACGAAAGUGAUAGAAUGCAAUCGAUAGUUCAGAGAAAACUACAACAAAUUAACUUUAAUGGUUUACAUUUUAUUUCAAGUCACCUCACAGCUGUUGAUUGUUCUUCGUUGGUAAAUGUAAUUAUGGAUGUUCAACAAAUUUCACAUCUACGAUUGAGUUUCAAUAACCUGGGUCCUCUAGGUUGUUUUGAGAUUUGUAAAUUGUUAAAAUGUAGGAAAUCUCAACUGAGCUGGUUAGACCUCACAAGAAAUCAAUUGAAAGAUGAAGGAGCAAAGUAUUUAGCUGACGCCAUCACAAACAACAACUGUCAGCUACGCACGUUAGACCUCACAAACAAUAACAUCACAGACACAGGUGCACAGGACUUGGCUGACGCCAUUACAAACAACAACUGUCAGCUACACUCGUUAAACCUCUACAACAAUAACAUCACAGACACAGGAGCACAGCACUUGGCUGACGCCAUUACAAACAACAACUGUCAGCUACACACGUUAAACCUCACAAGCAAUAACAUCACAGACACAGGAGCACAGCACUUGGCUGACGCCAUCACAAACAACAACUGUCAGUUACGCGAGUUAGACCUCAGAGGCAAUAACAUCACAGACACAGGAGCACAGCUCUUGGCUGACGCCAUUACAAACAACAACUGUCAGCUACACACGUUAAAGCUCUCAGGCAAUAACAUCACAGACACAGGAGCACAGGACUUGGCUGACGCCAUUACAAACAACAACUGUCAGCUACGCGAGUUAGUCCUCUCACACAAUAACAUCACAGAAGCAGGUGAGCAACAUGCACGUAGUUUAGUAAGUAUGAGUAAGUCUAAAUGUAAGCUAAUUAUUUAAGCCUCGGCAAUUGCAAUUGUAAACUGUAACCAAAUUAUCUGAACUACUUACUUUUCAAAAUCUUACUAUUCAAUGUUAACUGUGAGGUAACCAGCUCAGUGACAAAUUACAAUCCAAAAACUUAAAACGCGAAUGAAAACAAACUAGGUUUGAAAUGCGCUCACGGCAGACAUUAUUUGAACCAGAUCGAAAUAAAGAAAAGUGAACCAAUGAACAUGUUUAUUGAGAGGAAAGGAUGUCAAUCUUUUUUAUGCGAACCAAUAAUAUUGAAGUGAAAACACAAAGAGAACCGGCAAACCUCGGACCUCUCAGGAAACUGUCUCGUUUCAUGAUUGGUUAGUUUCGAUCCUAAAUUGAAUGCAAGCUUCUGUAUGUUUUGAUCUCUUAUGCCUGUCACAAGGAAUAGUUUCCAGUUAAGUUUAUCGAAGUUCUUUAGGAGAUUAAAAGCGGAUCGGAUGAGUUACUUUCAGUACAGAUUAUAGAUAGAACACAUUUGUUUUACAGUUUGUUUUCCCUUUCAAUUGAAGCGAUCAGGUUCAAGUAAUUUCAUAUCAACUGCCAUUGAAAUCCUAGCCAAUUGUAAAUAAACUCGUCGCGUGCUUGAAAGAAAAGUUAUUUCGGUAGUGAGAGAUUUAAAUCAUAUCAAUUUUGCUUAGGUUUCUACAACUGAUGUACAUACUAGCGAAC